AUGAAUAUUACUGAAUAUAACGAAGAUGUAUUAAAACCAUUUAUUUUAAAUUUAUUUAUAAUCAAUAAAAGUUCAACAUGUACCCAAAUGGAAUCAUUACCAGUAUCCGGUUUAUUUAGUUUUUAUCGUGCUAUAGGUUUAUUAUUAGGUCCAUUAAAUACUAUAUUAAAUGGUUUAUGUGUUCAUAUAUUUAAUCAUAGUUCAUGGAAAAAAUCUAUAAUGAGUAGAAUAUUAAAAGGAUUAUCUAUUAUAGAACUUGGUAUGGGAUUAAGUUUAUUUAUUCAUGCAUUAAUUUUUUCACAAAAUUCUACUACUACAUCACAUUUACAUCAAAAUAUAACUAAUAAUAUCUAUCCAUAUCAUAAUGAACAAGAUACUAUUCAAACAAAUGCUUAUAUUAAAACAAUAUUCUCAUUUUUUAUUAUGACAAUAUCUAGUAGAUUUUUAGUAGUAUUUCAAAUAUCACGUAAUUGGUCUGUUGUAUUAUUAGCAGCAUAUCGUUAUGAUCAAAUAUGUCGACCUAUUGGUUCACCUAGUGCAUUUCCACGUGAACGUAUUCGUUAUAUAUUAAUAAUUAUAUUUUUUUUAGCUUGUUUAAUUGUUAUACCAAGAAUAUUUGAAAGUGGUAUAGUUGUAUGUUAUAUAUCAGGAAAUGUAUCAAAAGAUUAUCCUUUAUUAAUUAAUUAUAAAUUAUAUCAAAUUUUAUAUUUAGGUUUAGUUAUGUUUAUUGUACAAUCUGGUGGUCCAGUUAUAUGUGUAUGUGUAUUAAGUGCAUUUGUUAUAAGAAUUAUAGCUAAACGUCGAAAAUUUCAUCGAGAAAAAGAACAACGUUCAGCUAGAAAUUUAUUAAGACGUCAAACAAUGGAAAUAGAAAAUAAUCAAUCAAAUUUAAAAAAUAGUAUCAUUAUGAAUAAUAAUAAUAAUAAUCCUUUAAAACGUAAUUCAAAUGGUUUAACAAAAGAACUAAUUGAAAGACCAGCUCCAUCUGGUGAUAAAUUAAUGUUUGCUGUUUGUAUAACAUUUUUUAUUUUAGAAACUCCAGCAUUUUUCAGUAAAAUAUUAAAUCCUUACUUGGAACAAGAUUAUCCAUUAAUUGAUUUAACAUUAUCAGUUAUUGCAAAUCUAUUAAUUUAUUUAGAUUCUACAUUGAAUGCAUUCAUUUAUAUGGCAUCUAAUCCUUUAUUUCGUAAAAUUGCUCGAGAAGAAUGUAUACAAUAUCGUGAUCGUUUAAUUUGUUGUAAAGCAUCAAAACCUAAUCAAAUAGCUAGAAUAAGUCACCUUUUAGACAAUGAGACAAAUGCUAUCUCAAUCAAUUCAUAA